AUUCAUCUAACUGCACAUUCUCUUUAAUAUCCCUCCCUGCUUCCGAAACUACCGUCCAACCAAAAUCUCGACUAGUCUGCUGCAACACCACGGUGCUCGCGCUCCUCUCGCCUCUGCGCCGGGCACCUCGCCGCCGGCCCGCUCCACCGCCGUGUUCCUACCUCCGUGGGGCUCAGGUUCUCUCCAUCUUCCGGUGCUUCUCCUCCUGCGUGCUGCUGGCUCGCCUUGCUGCAGCCGUCGGCCAGCACGAGCAACACCCUGGCUUGAGCCCCGCCUGCCGCAGACGAAGCCACCGGCUUGCUCUCUUCCGGCUUCUUCCCCAAAUCUUCCAUGCUUUGGGACGCAUGCGUAGUGGAAUAGUAUAUUCUUCAGCCUUCCUUUGUCAGAUCAGUUGUUUCUGAUACGACCCUUCUUUCCAAAGGCACACCAGUACGACUUCAACAGAGAGAAUUGGACCUGUUCUUACUGCAAAUGGCUUAAGUCACUGUCAUGAUGUGCAAAUGGCUUAAGUCACUGUCAUGAUCUACCUGGUGGACCCCGGUCUUUGCAGGAGUAAUGAUUCCUUGAAGAAUUCAGCGAGCCACCGAAUCACGAUUGGUUGAUGAGCAAGAGCAACAACGUAACGUCGACAAUGUUAAUCUUGCUGCCAUAUCUACUGCUACUACAAUUAACAGCUUUCAGUGCUACUCCUGAGGCUGAGAUCACAUCUGGAUGCCCGGACAGCUGUGGCGGCAUAGCCAUCCAGUAUCCAUUCGGCGUCGGCACGGGCUGCUUCCGAAAGGGCUUCGAGAUCAUCUGCGACCGACGCAUGAACAGGCCGGUGCUUGCUGGCACCACCAAGCCCGUGCCAGUGAACCACCUCUCCAUCAAGACGGCCGAGGCCCGUGUGAUGCUGCCUGUGGCGUGGCAGUGCUUCAACUCGUCAGAUUCAGUGUACGCCUGGAGCGAUGGCGAUGUGCAGUUCAACCUUGACGAGGUGUACCGCAUCUCCAACACCAACAACCAGCUUGUUGUCGUCGGCUGCAACACCCUGGGUUACACCCAGAGCCAGCGUAGCGAGGGAAAUGACUACGAGUAUGGCUACUACACCGGCUGCAUGUGCUACUGCAACAACUCCCGGAGCGCGAUGGAUGGCGUCUGCGCCGGCGUCGGCUGCUGUCGUCUCGACAUCCCGCAGGGCCUCACCGACAACAGGAUGAACUUCGACGCGUACACCCACAAAGCAAGGCUGGGGUACAGCCCCUGCGACUACGCCUUCCUUGUGGACAGGGACAACUACACCUUCCACGCAGCUGACCUGAAGAUGGACAUCAACACAAUGAUGCCAGUGUGGCUGGACUGGGCCAUUCGUGACAACCUGACGUGCGACGAGGCGAAGAAGGCGGCGGAGAGCUAUGCUUGUGUGAGCCCCAACAGUGGGUGCCGUGACUCCUCCAAUGGGCUUGGGUACGUCUGCAACUGCAGCGUGGGCUACGAAGGCAACCCCUACAUUGCAAACGGUUGUACCGAUAUCAAUGAGUGUGAACGUCGUCAAGAGUAUCCAUGCAGAGGCGUUUGCCGGAACACACUGGGUUCCUGCGAAUGCAAAUGCCCCAGUGGUUCCCACAGUACUGAUCCGUUCAAUGAUGCUUGCAACCCCAAUUUUCCGCUUGCAGCAAAAAUCGCAACCGGUGCAAUAGGUGGACUUUUUAUCAUCGCAGUUGCAGUGUUUGUCAGUCUUCUUGUCAAAGAGAAAAGAAGGAUGAAAGAUUAUUUUAGAAAGAAUGGGGGUCCAAUAAUAGAAGUAGUUAACAAGAUUAAGCUGUUCAGGAAGAAGGAGCUGGAGCAAAUACUAAAUACAAGUAAUUGUAUUGGACAAGGUGGCUUUGGUGAGGUUUACAAGGGGUAUAUUCGAGACGAAACUCAGCCAGUGGCAGUCAAGAAGCCCAAAAUUGAUGUUCAAUUGGCAGGCCAGUUCGCAAACGAAGUUAUCAUUCAAUCUCGAGUCUUGCACAAGAACAUUGUUAAGCUCAUAGGGUGUUGCCUAGAAGUUGAUGUUCCGAUUUUGGUCUAUGAGUAUGUGCCCAACGGUAGCCUCGAUAGAAUUCUGCAUGACAGCAACAGGGUGCCUCUCAGCUUGGAUCUGCGUUUACAAAUUGCCGCACAAUCGGCAAAGGGUCUAGCUUACAUGCAUUCAGAAAUCACUACACCAAUUCUGCAUGGCGAUGUUAAGCCGGCUAAUAUACUUUUAGACGAGGACUUUGUACCAAAGAUCUCCGACUUUGGUACAUCGAGGAUGAUUACUGUUGAUGAACAUUAUGCCAGCACUAUCAUUGGUAACUGGGGCUACAUGGAUCCAGAAUAUGUGCUGACAGGCUUAUACACUAGUAAAAGUGACAUCUACAGUUUUGGAGUUGUGCUCUUAGAACUGAUUACCAGGAAGAAGGCCUUAGAUCCUGACAAUAACAUCUUACUUGGGAACUCCCUUGAUGCUUACACAAAGAAGAAGAGAGUGAUUGAGAUCAUUGACCCAGAAAUUGCAGCGAUUGGAAGCACUGGGAUAUUUCAUAGUUUGGCAGAAAUUAUUGUUCAAUGCCUAAACAGUGAUGUUGAUCAAAGACCCGACAUGGCAGAUGUAGCAGAGCACCUUCAGUACCUGCUGAAGUGAUCCCAGGCAGAUAAAUGGAAACGUGCGUGAUUUCCUGGCUACUGGAUGCAUCUUUUAGGUUGUAAUAAUCAGUCAUACUGAUGGAAUAAGUAACGAAUACCUGGCUAAAAUGGGGCCAAAUGUCCAAAGAAAGAAAGUUUCUAACGAAACAUACGACCACGUGUGUUCUGUAACUUGUCAGGUUACCGCAUGUUCAAGAAAGAAAGCUUGUCAAGUGCCAUGUAUAUAUAGUGAUGCAACUUUUCAAGUGCCCCGUAUAUAGAAGUUUUUUUCUUUGUUUGUGACAA